UCAAAAAAGACGUAUCAAAACAUAACAGCUGAUCCAUGCAUCAGAGAAGAGCGUGUAAAAGUGUAGCCUUAAAAGUGCUGUAAAUAUUUUAUUGUUUAAUCUCCUGGAAAUAUAAUCUAUUGUGUUGUACAAUGGGGCUAUGUUCUUCUUGCUUUAAAGGAUCUGCUGACGAUGGACUUAUCACCCCGGAUGCGACCAUAAGACGACAACAGCAAUUGGAAGCGGCUGAGCGUCGGCGAGUAGAGAAUGAAUCGAGAGGAAUCAAGGAUGUUGACAAAGUACGCCGUAUGCAGCAAAAAGCGGAAGAAACAGCUAGAAGGGAAGAUGAAGCAGCACGAAUGGGCGGUGGACAACCUGCUUUGAGGUGGCAGCAAGAUUAAUGAAAACAUCACGAUGCUUAUUACGUCAACCAAAAAUCAAGAUAUGUGCAUUGGGUAGUUCAUCGUUUCUUUAUUCAAAUAUUCAAUACGUUGUGUCUUGUAGAUAUAGAUAAUGUGCAUGAUUCAAGUUUGGAAAUUCCACAUAAAAGCAAGAUUUAAGUUAAGUA